AUGGACACCCAAGAGCCAGUCCCAAAGAUGCUCCAAGUCCUGAUCUGCCACAGCAUUCAACGCAAGGCAGAGAGCGCCAUGAUGGUCAUGGACGGAGCAGGCGCGGUCGAGACCCAAGGCGGCUUAAUGCCAACCUGGCCGUCUUGGGCCGACUACGGUAUCGCUGAGAGCGAGAUGUGCGAGUGUAAGAAUGCGACUGAACCGACCCACUCCACCUCAGUUCGGACAUCUCGGUUCCGAGAAGCCGAGAAGCCCGCUGACAGCAUGGUCUCCAACAUUGUCCUGCUAGAAUCAAACUCCUUUUUUGCCCCCGGUUUCUGA